AAAUGUUUGAUGUCACCCCGUCUGCCUGUCAGACAUGUCGAGGAAUCAGAGGGAGACAGAAUCUGAACGUCCUGCCAGGGAACGUGAGACAGGAGGUGAUGUAACGUUCACAAUGGACAACCUGGCAUCAUCAGAAGUAGCACAACCUGGUAAUGACAAUGAUGUUAAUGUCGUUCCCCAAGGAAGACAAGGUGAUAGGACAUUCUCCAUGGACAUGGUAGCAUCAUCAGAAGUGGUCGAGCGUCAGGCCAGUGCGGGGAGUGGUUCCAUGGCUGUUUCUGAGAGACGAGAAAGGCAAGCAGUGUCAACUAGAAUCACUGCAGGGUCUGACUUUAAAGGUAUCAUAGUACAGGACUCUUCUGAAGUCAGCUUAUCUGUUGGAGGUCAGAAUGAUGGAAUAAUGAAAUCAGAUAUGCUCCAAAUAAAUCUGAAGCGAGUCAAAGAUGUCUUUGAGAAAACUGCUAACUACAGAAGAGUGAAGGAACUCUUGGAGAAGUAUGACCAUGUGACAAUAAGUGGUGCUUCUGGUGAAGGUAAAACGUCCAUUGCCUUGAUGAUAGGAGCAGAUCUCAGGAACCAGGGGUAUGAACUUGUGUUUGUUGAUGAUGUGGAUAAAUUCGAGCUGAAGAAUUGUGACCUGCGUGGAAAGAAAGUUUGUCUGAUACUGGAUGAUAUAUUUGGAACAGUCGGCCUAUCAACUGACGUUCCCCAUCUUAGGUCCAUUCUACAAAAUCUCAAACAAUAUUUAGAAGAUGCCAAAUCUAGCAAGGAACUGAAAACACAUCCAGGCGCUGAAUCAGUGAUUCGUGUUAUCUUCACCACUAAAUCGUACAACCUGGAAUGUGGAGUCGCAAAGUUGGAAGGCCAAGAAUAUUAUUUUUUCACAGGUCCAUCGCUUCUCGAUUUGACAAAAAUGAAAUCAUGUCAUUACAGCCCCCAGGAAAGAAAGAAAAUACUCCAGAAACAACUAAAACACCAUAACAUGGACAUGAACCUCGAUAUUGAUGAGCUUUGUGACACAAGAGAAUCUUUGUUUGGCUUCCCCCUAAUAUGUACCUUGUUUUGUGAAUUUCUCAGCUUUCAAAAAGAACCUGCACAGUUUUUUCAAGAACCCCUAUUUUAUCUACGGCGAGAAAUUGACAUGAUCAUGGAACGUAGGAAUGAUCAAUCCGCUGCGCUCAUCCUGAUGUUGUUGUGUGAAGAUCAUCUGAACUUGAGCCGGGUAGAAAUGGAAUCUGAAAAUGAUUUUUUAGAAGCCGUAAAAAACGUGGUGCCAGUUACCUCACGUACUGCAGUUGCCAAAGCCAUCAGAUGUUACAGGGGUGUAUUUUUCACUGAUGGAGAUAUACUUGGAUUUUCACAUCCCACCAUCUAUGACGCCUGUGCUUGUGCCCUAUUCAAAAUGAAUCCAUCCUUCGUUCUGAACCACUGCAGUAUCAGAUUCCUUUAUGAGCGUGUACAAGCUCAGCCAGUCCAGUCCACUGCAAUAGAUAACCAUCUCCACAUCAUCUACGUCUCAGAUGCUUACUAUGACACAAUUGCCUCCAGACUGGCUGAUGCUGUUGCCAAAGGCAACUACAGUAUGUCUAUUACACACCCUAUUUUGAGAAAAGAGCAAAUAGUGGACAAAGUGUUCAAAAUGCUCAAACUGAAGAAAUCAAAUACAUUAAAGCGGUUCCUGAAUACGAAGGACACAAAAAGGCUUGCCAUGUUGCAUGCAAAGGAAGAAGAGAAACACUUACUGUACUGGGCAGUUCAUGCACACAGUCUGUACUUGGUUGAGAAAAUCCUUGAUGUUGGAUACCGUUUUUCAGACGAAGAGAUCAAGGAAGCCUUCAAGGCCUGUGCUUCCUGUGAGAACGAAGCAGUGUUAUUGUUGUUAUCUUCCAAAUAUAGGUCACUGCUUCAGCAAAGUGUGCUCAACAAAGCUCUAGUGACUGCAACAGAUAAUAAUUACAAAGACGUUGCUUUGAUCUUACUUAACACAGGAGCUGAUAUCUAUGAAUCCAAAAAUGAUGUUGGUGAAAAUGUCUUUCAAAUUGCAAGGUUGAAGGAGUUCCGUUUACUUGGAAGAGUAUUUUUGGGAUUUAUUACCAAAGGAUUAAAUAUCAAAGUUCUGACUGGAGACUUCGACUUUCAGAGAGCAGCUUAUUCAGCCUUGUGUUACAGCUGUAGGGAAGGGGAUGUACUCGUCCACCACCCUAGCACGAUGUGGACGUGCAUUAUCGGCCAUGAGGAUGAAGUCAGGACCAACAGCACCAGCAUAUGGUCUCACGCACACAUCCAGGACUUCAUCCCUGUAGCGCACUCGGUCAUCGCGCCUCGCCUUAGGACAUGGAGAUCAGUUCGUCCAGCUCGACUGAUUCCUCCCCAAAUCAUCAACGACCCACCACCAUAUCUGUCGUGUUCAGCAACAUUAGCGUCCUGA